UCACCCGUACAUAAUCACGGAAAGUUAAUUUGAACUUCACCUACAACACAUCGAACAUCAGUAAGAUGAGUGAAAUUUCUCCCGUGGACCGCCAGCUGUUGGUGGAGGACUUCAACAACACCGACGAUGCCGCGAUGCUGGGUCACUGCGUGCAUCAGCUCCUUGAGCACUCCACCGACCGCCAUUCGAGUCGGAUUGCCCUCAUCUGCGGCAACACGGGAUUGACGUACGCAAAGCUGAACAAGCUCGCGAAUCGCCUUGCUCGCGUCCUGGUGGCGCGAGGAGUCAGUCCUGGCGACUUGGUCGGCGUGGCACUCGGACGGUCUGUCGAUCUCGUCGUGGCUCUCUUGGCAGUGCUUAAGGCGGGUGCUGCGUAUAUGCCUAUCGACCCAUCUUUUCCAGAGAUGCGCAUCAGGCAAAUGAUGGACAAUGCCGGUCCGAGUCUCAUUGUCGCCAGCACCAACACGCUUGAGGCGGUGUCACCUUGGAACGAGGUAUGCCUCAACAUUGACGAAACACUCCACAACAACACCAGCUCCGACACCGACAGCAGAAACCUUGCAAUAGACGUGCGGUCAGAAGAUCUUGCAUACGUCAUGUACACGUCCGGUUCGACGGGCAAACCCAAGGGCGUCGAGAUGAGCCACGGGUCACUGUCCAACGUACUGCUCACGUCGCAGAGAGACCUGGGCUGCGACAAGACGGAUCGCUUGCUGGCCGUGACGAGCGCUUCCUUCGACAUGGCCUUCCUGGAGCUGUUCCUGCCGCUGUUCUGCGGUGCAACGACCGUCAUCGCCCAGGCCGACGAAUUCAGAGACCCGCGCGCCCUGCUCGCGUUGAUGGAGCGCCACGGGAUAACCAUGCUGCAAGCCACGCCCGUCACCUGGCAGAUGCUGCUGGAGUCGGGCUGGACAGGCACGCCGCGUCUCGCCAAGAUGCUCUCAGGGGGUGAAGCGCUUUCCCGGCGUCUUGCAGAGCGGCUGCUUGACUGUGGCGAUGCGCUGUGGAACCUGUACGGGCCAACUGAGACGACGUACGCUACCAAUUGGAGGGUGCGGCGAGGCGAAGACAUGGUCCUGGGCGUGCCCAAUGCCAACGGUAGACUCUACGUGCUCGGGGAAGACAUGAUGCCCGUGCCGAUGGGAUCUCCUGGCGAGCUUUACAUCGGCGGUGCCAGUGUGGCUCGCGGCUACCGCAACAACCCCGAACUUACUCAGUCCCGAUUCCUCGACAAUCCCUUCCACGAGGGCCGCCUCUACCGCACUGGUGAUCUUGCCUGCUUUACAGAGCCCGGGAAGUUGAGUAUCCUCGGCCGCAUCGACAGCCAGGUCAAGGUCCGGGGCUACCGGGUCGAGUCGGGCGACGUCGAGGCCGCCAUCACUGACCACUGGUACGUCUCCGGGGCCGUCGUGGUCAACCGUGAUGACCGACUGGUCGCCUACUGUGUACGAGAUGCAAAGGUGCCUGUGGUUGAAGAAACCUCGCAGGUCGUGCUGGACAGCAUCCUGCGGCCGUGGCUUGCCGAGCGUCUACCAGCCUACAUGGUGCCGGCAUUGUUCGUCGAAUUGGAGGCCCUCCCGAUGACAAUGAACGGCAAAAUUGACCGAAAAGCCCUCCCAGAUCCUGUGGCGGUGAGCAAACCAGUCACGACCAAGCCUGCUACCGAGUUGGAGCACGGCGUGUUGGCCAUUUGGUCAAAAGUCCUUGGCCACAACAGCAUCAGCGUCAAUGACAACUUCUUCGAGGUCGGCGGCGACUCUAUGCGCGUCGUCCGGGUCCAAGUAGAACUGGAGAAACUAUUGGGUCAGACGGUAUCACCAGCUAAAUUGUUCGAGCAUUACACAGCCAAGGCACUUGCGGCGUACCUCUCGAACGCCCACAACAGCAUCCCGGAGCCCAUCCGCGCACACCAGCGCUCGUCUUACAACGAAGACAUCGCCAUCAUCUCCAUGGCAUGCCGGCUCCCCGGCGACAUCACCACGCCGGAAGAGUACUGGGAGCUUCUCCAGCGCGGAGGCGACGCAAUUGUCGACGUGCCCAAGGACCGCUGGAACGCCGAUGCCCUGUACGAUGCCGACCCGGACGCCCUGGGCAAGUCGUACUGUCGCCGAGGCGGCUUCAUCUCCACCAUUGAUUCGUUUGACGCGCCUUUCUUCGGCAUCUCGCCGCGGGAAGCGCGCGCCCUGGACCCUUUGCAGCAUAUGGUGCUGGAAACGUGCUGGGAGGGAUUUGAGCGUGCCGGUUACACCAUGGACCAGUUACGUGGCACCCAGACUGGUGUGUUCAUCGGCACCAGCAGCAUAUCAGCCCACAACAGCCUCACUUCUACUGCCAUCCGGAACCUAGCAGAUCUCGACGGAUACACAGUAACGGGCUCGUCUGGCGGUACACUAUCCGGUCGUGUCUCGUACGUCCUGGGUCUCGAGGGCCCAGCCAUGACGCUCGACACAGCAUGCUCCUCCUCGCUAGUCACCACCCACUUGGCCUGCACUGCGCUACGUCAAGGCGAAUGCGACAUGGCCAUAUCCGGCGGUGUGAGCCUCAUGCUCAAUCCCGGGCUGCACGUAGAAUUCAGCGGGCUACGCGGCAUGUCGCCGGACGGCAGCUGUCGUGCCUUCUCAGCCGACACGCAGGGCACCGGAUGGGGCGAGGGCUCGUCUGUCGUGGUCCUCAAGAGGCUGUCGGAUGCCCAGCGUGAUGGUGACACAAUCCAUGCCGUGCUGCGCGGUACUGCUGUUAACCACGACGGACGCAGUGCCAGUCUCACGGCACCCAGCGGCCCUGCUCAGCAGCGACUCAUCCGCUCAGCGCUCGCCGUAGCCGGACUGCAACCAGGUGACAUUGACUACAUUGAGGCUCACGGCACCGGCACAAAGCUGGGCGACCCGAUUGAAGGCACGGCGCUGGCGGAGGUCUUCGGCGCCGGCCGGUCCGAUGCAGGGCCGUUGUGGGUCGGCUCGGCCAAGUCCAAUCUCGGCCACACGCAGGCGGCCGCCGGCCUGGCGGGUUUGUUAAAGGUCGUGCUGGCCAUGCGACAUAGCAUGCUACCUGAGACUUUACACGUGUCCGAGCCUACUCCAGCAGUAGACUGGAAGCAGGCCAAUAUGGCGCUGGUGCAGGAGAAGCGGCCGUGGUUGGCAACGACCAGCCGGUUGCGCCGCGCUGGUGUUAGUGCGUUCGGCAUUGGCGGGACUAAUGCACAUGCCAUCAUCGAGGAACCGCCCUGCCAAAUUACCAAACCUGUUGAUACGAAGGUGGCUGUUCCGUUGCCGCCGCCGUUACUUCCGUUCCUGCUUUCGGGUCAUAGUGAAUCGGCCCUGCUCCAACAGGCUGAGAAGCUCCAUCGACACGUCAGCAGCAUGACUGAUGAGGAUCGGCUUUGUGAUGUGGCUUAUUCACUAGCAACCACCCGUACUCAUUUCCGACGACGGUACGUGUUGAUGGCCAGGUACAAGGCGGAGCUGUUACAUCGGCUCGCCUCUCUUAGCCCGUUCACGUUGUCUCUGUCUCCCAGCGAGCAGACCGAGGAACCGCGCAUGGCGAUGCUCUUUACUGGACAGGGCAGCCAGGUACUAGGCAUGGGCGACAAGUUGUAUGCCAUUUAUCCUGCUUUCCGCCAAGCUCUGGACGAGAUUGUGUCCGAAUUCACGGGUCUGGAAGCACCGCUGCUCGACAUCAUGUGGGCCGAGCACGGCAGCGAUGGUGCCGCCUUGCUGCAUCGCACAGACUUUGCCCAGCCUGCCCUGUUCGCCAUCGAGGUGGCAUUAUAUCGGCUGUGGCAGAGCUGGGGCGUGCAACCGGAGUUUGUGCUCGGACACAGCGUAGGUGAACUCGCGGCCGCUCAUGUAGCUGGCAUCUUAGAUCUAUCCGACGCCUGUAGGCUGGUGGCAGCCCGUGGUCGUUUGAUGCAGGCCAUUCCUGGCCACGGAAAGAUGGCGAUCCUAGAAGCGAGCGCUGCCGAGGUGACAGCAGCGAUUCAAGAAUCGGGAUACGAAAGCAAUGUCGAUAUCGCCGGGUACAACACGCCAUCCCAAACCGCCAUAUCCGGCGACAUCGAUGCCGUUGAGGGCUUGGUGGCCAAGUUCAUCGAGCAAUCCCGCAAGUUCAAGAUCCUCAGUGUGAGCCAUGCGUUCCACUCACACCAUAUGGACGCUAUGCUGGAGUCGUUCCGGGCUAUUGCUGAUACUGUGCAAUUCCAUCCGCCCCAGAUAACCGUAGUCAGCAGCCUCACUGGUAAGCUGGCUGACGUUGGCCAGCUCGAACAACCUGAUUAUUGGGUUCAACAGGCGCGCAAGGCAGUCCAAUUCAGUGACGGGAUCCAGACACUUGCCGCACAAGGCGCUAAUGUCUUUCUCGAAAUAGGCCCUGGGCCUGUAUUGUCUGGCUUGGGUCCAGCAUGUCUCCCCGACGAUGCCGACAUGAUCUGGGUUCCGUCACUGAUGCCUACCAAGCGGGAAGCCGAAUAUAUACAACAGAAGGUCGCCCAGUUGCACGUGCAGAAAGUACCCAUUGACUGGGCUGGCUACUUUGAGCCUUUUGGUUGUCAAAGGGUUGAAUUGCCCACAUACGCCUUCCAGCGCGAAGGUUUCCAGCCUACGCGGGCCAAGCCAGAUGAGAACUACAAUCCAUGCAGUGACAGCACGAACGCGCCUGUCGACAACCACGCAGAGAGCCAGGUGGACCGCUUCGAGUUCGAGAUCAACUGGCGUCAGGCAGACAGGAACAACGCCCCCCCUGGUGGCUCAUGGGGUCUUCUAUACUCGACCGAAGACGUGCCAUGGGCAUCGGAGGUCAAGACAGCAUUGUCUAGCGCCAACAUACAGCUAAUCCAGGUCGAGGAUCUUAAGGCUGCAGAGCAUCUCGAUGGCCUGCUAUGCCUAUGGGAUUCAGAUGCGGACGUUAUAGGCCAGGCCCGCGACUUCACCGCAAAGGCACUGGCCCAGCUGCAGGCCGCUAUCAAGACCGGGUUUACGCCGCCGUUAGUGUGGGUCACCCGCCGGGCGGUCGGUAUCGACACCGGCUCCGGUCCUAGUCCGAAUGACGGCGCCAUCGGUCUCGGAGCCGGGCCGCUGUGGGGCAUGAUGCGUACCGCCCGGAUCGAGCACCCCGAGCUGCAUCUGCGUGCGAUCGACCUGGGUGACGUGGAAGCCAUCAAGACGCUUGCUCCGGCGCUGAUGCUCACAUCUGAAUCCGAAUGCGCGUUGCGGCAAGGGCAGGUCCUUGUGCCGCGCAUGCAACGUGUCGUGAAGCCACGGGUUCGAGGACCGCACGACCAACCACUCCUCCGGAAGGACGGCGCGGUGCUGAUCACCGGUGGUCUCGGCGAUCUCGGAUCUCAUGUAGCCCGUUGGCUGGUAACGACCCACGGCAUCCGCGACCUGGUGCUAACGUCGCGCCAUGGCAAGGAAACCCCAGGCGCAGAUGCUUUGGUCAUGGAACUCGCUGAGCUCGGCGCCACCGUCGCUGUAAUUGCGAGUGACAUAGCCGACUACGACAGCGUCAAGUCAAUUAUGGCAACAUUCAACGAGCACCGGCCACUGCGCGGUGUCGUCCACGCUGCUGGCGCGUUGGACUCUGGCGUCCUCUCGUCCUUGACGCCGCAGCGGUGCGCCACGACCUUUGCGCCCAAGGUGGACGGCGCUUGGAACCUGCACCAACUGACUGGAGAUAUGGACUUGGACCUCUUUCUCAUGUUUUCAUCCCUCUCUGGUGUCACGGGCAUGCCGGGCCUCGGGAAUUAUGCUGCCGCAAACUCAUUUCUGGAUGCACUGGCGCACCUGCGUCACGCCGAGGGCCUGCCAGCCACGUCGGUGGCAUAUGGCGGCUGGGAGGGCAAAGGGAUGAUGGACAAGAUCACUGGAUCUGCUCAUGCUCACCUGGAGAACUUUGGCCUCGAUCCGCUCACGCAGGAAGACGGGCUGGAGUUGUUUGAGCUGGCUGCGCGCAGCGGCCGUCCGCUCACCGUGGCCGCUGCACUCGAUCUGGAACGGCUCCAGGUCUACCACGAAGACCUGGGUGAGAUCCCGUCGUUGCUUCGCUCGCUGCUGGCUGGGAACAGUACGAGAGUCAACCGAACCCGGGACCUGCGCAAGGUGCUCGGUGAAGCGCCACCGGUCCAGCACGCCAGCAUUGUGCUACGCAUGGUCCGAGAAACGGUAGCCAGGGCGCUGGGGUUUGCGCAGCCCGAUGAUGUGGAUGUCAACUCGCCCUUGCAGGACAUCGGAAUCGACUCCAUGACGGCCGUCCUGACACGCAACAAUCUGGCGACGCUGACGGGCCUGACGCUGUCCGUGAAUAUCGUCUUGCUUCACCCGAACCUCAAGGCCCUCGCUCAGGCUUUGCUGUCCCAGCUGAACGAGUCCUGGGCCAAUACAUCGUCGUCGGCGUCGGCGUCAGGCGGUGCUACCCCUGACACCACGACGCUGGGCACGCCGUGUCUGAAUAUGGCAGCCAUCCGCAAGGGCUGCCUCGACCCCAGCUUCACGUUCGGCAACGCAUCUACGUGUGCCUCCCGCCCCCAGUCUGUCUUGGUCACUGGUGGCACAGGCUUUGUCGGUGCCUUUGUCGUGCACGAGUUGCUCAUGCAGGGCAUCACCACGUACUGCCUCGUGCGUGCUUCGAGCGUUGAUCUGGCACGGCAACGGAUGGUGAGCACGUUGGAGACUUACGGCCUCUGGAAGCCCGACUACGCGCCGCUGCUCAACCUAGUGGUUGGCGACUUGGCCCAGCCACUGCUCGGCUUGACCGAGCAGAUGUUCGACGAAUUGGCCGACCAAGUCGACUCCAUCUGCCACUCGGGCGCUCUGGUCGACUGGAUGCGUCCUCUGGAAGACUACGUCGGUCCCAAUAUCGUCAGUACUCAUGAGAUCCUCCGUCUGGCUUCUCAUGGUCGUGGCAAGGCAGUCCACCUCGUGUCCACCAUCUCAACCCUACCAAAGCACAUGGGCCAUGACCUCACCGAAGAAGACCAUGAGUACGGCUACGGCACCUCGAAAUAUAUGGCCGAGCGAAUGCUGGCAGCAGCGCGUUGGCGUGGCGCCAGGGCAUCCGCGUACCGGUUGCCCUUUGUCUCCGCCUCGGCCACCACUGGUCACUUCCGACUCGAUCGCGGUGACUUCUUGCACAACCUCAUUUCCGGAAGUCUUGAAAUGGGUGCCUUCCCGGCGUUGAACGGCGACCUGUCCGUUGUGCUACCCAUCGACUACCUGUGCAAGUCCAUUGUCAGCGUGAUGACGGAAAAUAUGCAUCAGAUUGGCAAGGACUUCGACUUUGUCAACAAGCAUGCGCCGAGCUUCGAUGACUUCUUCAAGCUCAUGAGUGCUGCCAGCGGUGGCAAAGAGAUCGUGCCCUUCAGUAAGUGGCAGCAACGCGCACUGAAUUACGCAACGGCACAUCCAAAGAGCCCGUUAGCCCGCAUCACUGCCGUGGUUGACGGCUACACCGACGAAACUGCAUCUGCAAUGGUCACAGGUUUGCCCGUCGGGGAGCACGUCUUCGGGGGCGAUGAUUACCCCGUGCCGUUGUUUGACGAGCACUCUGUGCGCAAGUACCUGGAUUGUAUCAAUGCCGCACAGAUUGAUAUAUCUGCCGUCGAUAGCCCGCGGGUGUAA